UUCUGUGCAAAUUAAAUAUUGGAUUCCUUUGGCAUUAAUAUAUUUUUGUAAGAAUAUGUUAAAAUGACAAUUACAGCCACAGAACAAUUUGGCCACUAUGAAUAAUAUCUUACGUACUACAUUCUUAUCUCUUCUGCAAUUAUUUCCCCAACUGGAUAAGCCUUUUUUAUCUGACUCAGAUCACAGGAUCCGACCCGACUUUUACCCGACCCGUAACUUAAUCCCCUAUAUCCGUUUUAGUAUGUAAUUAAUAAACUAUUCAAAAUCUUAAUUAACCAAUUAAUGACUAAUCGCCUCUUCGCCUAUAAAUUAAACCCCUCCAUUACCUUUCUUCUUCAAUCUUUCCCUCUCCUCCUCGAACAAAAACAACAAACGCAGAGAAACUCAAAACUCGAAAACGUUUCAUAUAGCAACGAUGCUUUCUUCAUCUCCAACUUCCUUUACUCAUCCAUUUCUCUCUUCUUCUCCGCCUCUAUCUCCGAUAUCUCCGCCGUCUCGCACGGCUCGGAUCUCUCCACCUCUCGUCUCCGCCUCUUGCUCAUACACCUACACGGAAGAUUCGCCGAGACUGCAUCAGAUCCCGCGGCGAUUGACGACGGUGCCAGCUUCGCUUUACGAUGUUCUUGAGGUUCCUUUAGGCGCGACGAGUCAGGAUAUCAAAUCGGCUUACCGGAGAUUAGCCAGGAUCUGCCAUCCAGACGUGGCGGGAACUGAUCGGACUUCUUCUUCAUCGGCGGAUGAAUUCAUGAAGAUCCAUGCCGCUUACUGUACGCUUUCUGAUCCUGAGAAACGCUCCGUUUAUGAUCGGAGGAUGUUGCGACGGAGCCGUCCUUUGACCGUCGGAACCUCCGGGUUGGGAAGCUACGUCGGACGGAACUGGGAAACCGAUCAGUGUUGGUAGUGAGUUAACUCGGUGACCGAGUUAGUAGAACGAGUUAAUUAGUGUAAAUACGAAGCCAUAAAAUCCUUGUAAUUUAAUCAUAGUAAGCUAACAUGGACGGGAACUAGUGUGCUAACAUACGCCAUGUGCUUACCGUACGCUCCCUCCCCCACGAGCGAUCGGUGCCGUUUGUAUCCGUGUUUACGUAGGAUCUACGCGUUUUUUUUACCUUGUGAAUCCUAUUAGUUUAAAUAAUCAAUGAAAAUCAUAUAAAAAGAUAUUUUCUUUUGAUUAUGGUUUGGUUUCUUUCCCUAAGGUAAGCUCACUAAGCACUGAUUUUGAGCACUUCUUUAUUGUUGUUGAUAUUACUUGUUCAAAAUAACCGAGUGUAAUAAAUAAACAAAUCUAAUAGUAUGGUUUUAUUUUAGUUGCAAUCAAUUACGUUUAGGUUUAUAGCCAAGUUAAUGCUAAAACGCGGGUAUUCUGUGUUUCCUCCGUUUUAGUCAUGUGUUACUACUAAUAACAUUUUUAAAGUUAUGCUACAAUUUUGUUUUCCAAGCAAGACUACACUAUUAAC